AUGGCAGUACCAACCCUUGAGAAUUCGAUCAGAGAAUUGUACUGUUCAGCAAAUGUCACUGCCAGAGUUCACGACGAGCUAAUCGUCCUUUUAGUGCUUAAUACGUUUCUGUCCAUUACAGCUUUUCUGGGGAACACUCUGAUCCUAGCUGCUCUACAUAAAGAAUCUUCACUUCAUCCGCCCUCCAAACUCCUGCUACGCAGCCUAGCGAUAACUGACCUCUUGGUGGGAAUCAUUGUUGAGCCUCUGAAUGCUGCUUACUUGAUGUCGGUGAAGAGUAAAAGAUGGGACAUUUGCUAUAAUGUUAACGUUGCGCUUUUAAUCGCCAGUUAUAUUUUGUGUGCGGUGUCUUUGUUAGUAUUGACUGCAAUAAGCGUGGACAGACUUCUCGCCUUGUGGUUGGGCCUCAGAUACAGAAAUGUUGUAACUUUGAGACGUGUUUAUAUAGCUGUAAUCGUUAUGUGGGUUUUGCCCAUUGUCGCCACAACAAGCUACAUUUGGAAUCCUCAGUUGCUUUUAUUGCUUCUUUACAUACAUUUGUCUCUUUGUUUAUCCAUCAUAAUUUUCUCUUACAUGAAAAUCUUCUUCAUGCUCCGUCAUCACCAAAUUCAAGCUGAGAUCAAUGUAGCUCAAGAACAACCGAGGCAAGCAAAUCCACUGACCAUAUCUCGAUACAGAAAGGCAGUGUACAGUGCACUGUGGGUGCAGGUUACAUUAUUAAUUUGUUAUCUGCCAUUUGGCAUAACACAGGCCUUAACUGAUCUGAAAAGCGUUAGGUUUUCUUCAUCAGUUUAUCUUGCUAAGACUUUUUCAUUUACUUUUGUUUUUCUAAACUCGUCACUAAACCCAUUGCUUUAUUGCUGGAAAAUCAAAGAAGUAAGACAGGCUGUUACAGACGCAAUAAGGCAAAUCUGUUCUUUGACAUAGUUGAUUACUGAGCAUCUAAAUUAUGUAUAUGUUGCAAUUAUUUUUUUUUCCUUUGGUAUGGUAUGGCCUGACCGGUGACUAUUGUAGUUUCAGGUUUGAUUUUGUCGGGGCAACCGACAAUUAUAGUUCUUUAGACGAAGAAAAAUGAACUCGGAGACGUUAAUAAUUGCUGUGUUAAUUUAUCGCUGAGAUGUGUGAAAAAAAAAAUCGUUUUAAUUCUUAGAGUUAAACGCACCUGUAUCUAAGGGCAUAACAUAUCAUAUUUAUUUACAAAUAUUUCAAUAUAAAAACUCAUAAAUAUUCACAAAGCAUAUUUUUCAACUGUAUACACACAGCUGAAUACAUGGAGGAAUACAAUCACGCGCAACUGAAAACCUACAUACAAAUUGCCUCAAUACACUCUAAAUCAGAAAGAUUUGUUUUAGCCCUAAAAAUAGGGCCGUUUCGGUGAGUAAAAUACAGUCCUAUUUUUGGGCCUAAUUUGGCUCCCUUAAAUCAGGGCCAAUACAGUCCAAUUAGCUAUGGCUGAUUUGGUCCCAGGGCUGAAAUGGGCCCUACUGUGGGCUGGAAUAGCCUUUUGAUAGAGCUUUUUUGGCCUAAAUUGUGCUCAAAGGGCUCCAGGAAGGGCUGAAUCAGACUUUGGCCUACAGGGCUGAAUUGACACUUUCACUUUAGGGCUGAAACAGAUCUUUUCAAUUUUCAGUGUAUAAUAGUUUAUACUUCGGGGAAAUUUGACGUUGAAUGUCUCACAGGACGAAAAAAUUGAGUUGCUGCUAAGGCAUAUUUUAUCAGUAAUAAACGUUCCUUGUGUGAUAAAUAUUAAAUGUGCUUUGAGAGAAAGAAAAAAGGUAAACUCUUUACAGUCAAAAACCUGUGAACAAAAAACUUUAAAAACUCAUAUUCACAAAGCUUAUUUUUCAAUUGUAUACACACAGCUGAAUAAAUAGAGGAAUAAAAUCACGAGCAAAAACCUACAUACAAAUUACCCCAAUAUAAUAGUUCACUGACUUCGGGGAAAUUUAAGGUCGAAUGUCUCACAGGACGAAAAAAUGGCUUUGCACAAAUUUUCUCUUGGCCUCGUUAUCUGAACCCUCUGUUUUUUAGUAUAUGAAGUGACAUUUACCGUCAUUACCCCAUAUUUACUCCUCGUUUUCAAAUAUUUGCGAUAUAUUUGCAAGUAGCAAAUUUAUGCAAAUCUAUUUUUUUUUCGUCCAGUGACUGAAAUAAUGGAACGUUUCACUGGGACGAACGAUUCAUAUUUGAAAAAUAAUAACUGACAUGGAAUUUUAUACAUAACAGUCAUGCUAAUUUAUUUCAAUCAAAAAUAUAUCUAUUUAAAAUAUAUCUAUUUACUAUUUCGAGAAAUCUUGUCGAAAAAAAUGUGAGCAGAAAGAAUUCAUGGGAAAUCUCUCCUUACAGUGGACUAACCUGUAUGGUUCCUAGGUUACCUUCUAGUCCUUCCCCGCCAGGGGCGAAGCCAGCUUUUCGGCUAUUUGUAGGCCUGGCAGACUUGCAUUUCCACAUAUCCUGUACGAAUUGACCUCACCAACACUUCGAGCUCUUAAGCUUUUUAGCUCACCCCAACAACGCAUAAUUUAUUACAAGCGGUAGAGAGAUCAAACCAAAAAUUUGUAGGCCCGGGCCUACAGGUCCACUUGCUGGCUACGCCCCUACCCGCUGCUAACUUGUGUCUGUGUAUUUAUUAUAUUGUAUUCAGUAAAAAUGGAUUAAAGUAAAUUAAAUUUAAUAUUGUCGCGGCUCCAUUAAAUCUUAUACCAACAGAGAAGUCUUGUUAUCAUGGUAGCAAAAGUUCUGGAUCUCAACAAACUGUGGCCUACAAGUAUGGCAGUGAAACCGAAAAAAUUGACAAAUGACUUUCAAGUGCAUGGCUGUAUUCAGGAACGAAACGGUAGCUCUUGCUUUUCUUCCAUCAUUCAAAAAUAAAAAUGGCUGUCUCCGUCAAGAAAGAUUGUUGAGAUUCGAUCCAGAAAUUUAGCUGCCAUGGUAAAGUGACGUCACACUUCUCCCCGAUUGUGGAGCAUUUUAGGAGGAGCCAAUCAUGUUUCUUUUUCUUAUCAGGUAUCGCUGUAAAUUAGACACCUUUGUUGAGCAGACAUGGAAUUGGUUCCUUGUUAUUCCUCAGUCACCCAUAAUGCGACAAGGACCGCCGCUCUACAGUCACUUUCUGUGAAUACACCUUCCUAAGAAGGCGCGACACCAACCAUUUGUUCUUAAUUGUAAUGCCUCAGUCAAUUUCUACAUGAAUCUGUUAUGUGAAGGAAACCCUCCUAAAACGGAAACCUAGAGUUCAUCCCUCCCCGCUCUCCACAAAUUUUAUUUAAAGGCACCUUGAGUUGGUCCCUGUCGUUAUUUAGUCAUUAGUUUUUGGGCAAAAAAUACCGUAAUCUCUAUUAGAAGGACUCCUCCCUUGAACAGCCACCCAGAUUUUAUGUUCCGCGGGCGUUCUUAGAAUAAUUUCCCUUGACAAAAACCUUGAGCUCUUGCAAGAAGAACACAUCAUAGUGUCGGUGUUAUACUAUAAAAGUAGAGAUCAAUGUACUUGGGUUCCUAGAGGAAAGGAGUUAUUCAGCACUAUUUGGCUAAAUACAGUCAACUAGCUCCCUUUAUAGCGGACACCACGGUCCUCUGACUUAGAGUCCUCACUAGCGAGAGUCCGUAGUGCAGUCUACUCUCGCCUUGCGGACACCCCGCUAUAACGAACACCCCGAUAAUACAGACAGCAGCUACAUUCUGAGCAAAAAUAAAUUACAGAUGUUUGACUGAAAUAAUUUCCCGCUAUUACGGACCCUCGCUAGUGAGGACACUAACUCGAGGUCAAUGCCGGUGUCUGCUAUAAAGGGAGUUGACCGGCUUUAGCGGGAAAUUCUGAUGUUUGACUGAAAUAAUUUCCCGUUAUAACGGACUUUUCGCUAGUGAGGACACUAAAAGAGAACUCGAGGUCCCUACGGUGUCCGCAAUAAAGGCAGUUGACAGUUAUUUGUUUUUGCCCGGGAUUUAGCUGCUGUCCGUAUUAUCGGGGUGUUCGUUAUAGCGGGGGGUCCGCAAGGCGAGAGUUGACUGUACUGUAAAUAAUCUUCAUUUUUAAAUCAUCGAGCUGGCUUUCAGGAAGAAGGCUACAUGUUAAAUAUUUUUCCUAAACCAAAGUUUCGAAAACACUCUCCUAGCUUGGCACCUUCUUGUUCUAAAGUCUUGGUUAUCUCUUCCAGCCGGGAACAAGGGCUUUAUUUGACAUCAAAUCCAAGGGUCGGUGGUAUGCAGGAGUUCAAGCCUCUCCUGCUAUAACCUUUCCAUUUUCUGUCGUUAACUAAAAGCUUUCUUCAUAUUUCAAUAUCAAAAUAAAAACUUGCAAAUCUAGUCCUCGGGGCUUUAAGACGGAAAAGGCGUCUCUCUCGGCGCUGAGAUAUUUUACCCAAAAUUACUCCUAUAGUUUUUUGCCUUAAUUAGGACACAAAUCCUGGCUGAUCAAUCUGCAGAAACGGAAUAAAAAAAUUAUCAACAAGGAAGGAAGGAAGGUUCUCAUGUUUAACAACGGUCAGCGAGGAAUUGACCAAUUGAUCAUUAUAUUGCCGUGGCCGCAGUGAAGUCUAUGAAAACUUUACAUAGAAAAGAAAAAACUAUUAAAACCGUGUAAAUAUUUCCUUCCUGAUUAGCAUACAAGAUCAUUCUCCAUUUUCAGAUUAUUCAUGUUUAUUUGAUUCAUUACCCCAAACAGAACAUUAUCAACGACAAAAUACAAUCCAUGUACCGAUACACAACGUUCUUCAACUCGUUUCGUUAGUUUUUUUUCCUUCUUUCCUCACCGUCAAAUUCAAUUUUAUUAUUUUGAAAGAAGAAAGCUGUAAUCAUUAUUAUUCUGAGUAGGGGUAAUUUGUUGGCAGCCAAUAUCCCCUGAACUUCAAAUUCAAUAAUAUUUUGUCCAAGUAAUUAAGGAACCUGACUCAUAAGUCACUGAAGUGAGUAUACCAGAGGGGUAAUUGUGACCCAUUUAAAUGUAAAAUAAAACCAAAGGAAGUAAAUUAUAUAAAAGCCUUGACAUGCUGACAUUUGACUGACCACGAAGAUGAGUUACUGUACAGAAUCACUUGCACGUACCGCUCAACGUCAGUAAAGAAAGAUGGCAGUGCCUGCAACCCUUGAGAAUACGAUCAGAGAAUUCUACUGUUCGGCAAAUGUCACUGCCAGAGUUCACUACGAGCUAAUCGUCCUUUCGAUACUUAAUACUUUUCUGUCCAUUACAGCUUUUGUGGGGAACACUCUGAUCCUAGUUGCUCUACAUAAAGAAUCUUCACUUCAUCCGCCCUCCAAACUCCUGCUACGCAGCUUAGCGAUAACUGACCUCUUGGUGGGAAUCAUUGCUGAGCCUCUGAAUGUUGCUUACUUGAUGUCUGUGAAGAGUAAAAGAUGGGAUAUUUGCUAUAAUGUUUACGUUGCACUUUUUAUCGCCAGUUAUAUUUUGUGUUCGGUGUCUUUGUUAGUAUUGACUGCAAUAAGCGUGGACAGACUUCUCGCCUUGUGGUUGGGCCUCAGAUACAGACAAGUUGUAACUUUGAGAGGUGUCUAUAUAACUGUAAUCGUUAUGUGGGUUUUGUCCAUUGUCGGCACAACAAGCUACAUUUGGAAUCCUCAGUUGCUUACAUUGUUUCUUUACAUACAUUUGUCUUUUUGUUUAUCCAUCAUAAUUUCCUCUUACAUGAAAAUCUUCUUCAUGCUCCGUCAUUACCAAAUUCAAGCUGAGAUCAAUGUGGCUCAAGAACAACGGAGGCAAGCAAUUCCAUUGAACAUAGCUCGAUACAGAAAGGCAGUGUACAGUGCACUGUGGGUGCAGGUUACAUUAUUUAUUUGUUAUCUGCCAUUUGGCAUAACACAGGCUUUAACUGAUCUGAAAAGCGUUAAGGUUUCUUCAUCAUUUUAUCUUGCUAAGACUUUUUCAUUUACUUUUGUUUUUGUAAACUCGUCAUUAAACCCAUUUCUUUAUUGCUGGAAAAUCAAAGAAGUAAGACAGGCUGUUAAAGACGUAAUAAGACAAAUCUACUGUUGUUUGACAUAG